AUGGCGCAGACAACUGCGUGGUCGCUGACCGUAAUCGCACUCUUGACGACGCUUGGUCGGUUCGCCAUCCAUUGGCAUCGCCGCCAACGCAUCGCAUGGGAUGACUUCUUCAAUGGGCUGGCAAUGGCCUUUCUGCUGGCUUUCACCGGCACGUAUCAGGUGUACGGUCCGACAGACUACACCAAACAGCUCUAUGCCAUGGGCCUCAUCAAAGAAGACGAAGUCGUCCACAGCGACGAAAAAAGAAAUGCAAAGUACAAUGCCGCGAAUGCGCUUCUCUUCUGGUGUGUUGUCUAUGCUGCAAAAGCGAGCUUUCUGGCCUUGUAUUGGCAUAUCUUUGCCUUUUCGACAAAGUUCCGGAUCGCAUGGGCCGUGACAACGGCCUACAUCCCCACGAGCUUUGCGAUUACCUUCAUGUGGUCAUUCUUUCUGUGCGGCAAUCCGAAGUACUUUCCAGACAUUCAACCUCAAUGUCAUGACAACGCCCCCGCCAUGGUCGUCCCAAUGCUAUCAGCUUGGUGCGCAUUAGAUUUGAUAGGAGAUCUUCUCCUGGUCGUACUCCCCUUGGCCAUGCUCCGGCCACUCCUAAUGCGCACAGCGCAAAAGCUCGAGCUCGCCAUCAUCUUCCUGCUCGUAGCCGUCAACAUGGUGCUCACGAUUCUCCGCACCGUGUACAGCAUCGAUGUGGACCUGGCAAGAUUUCCCGAUCAAAAUGUGCUGUGGUGCUUUCUGCAGGCGAGCGGCGCCGUCAUUGUCUGCGCGCUGCCGUGUUACCGUGGAAUUUUGACGAGGAAGAAACCUGACUCGCUGAGCAGUGAUGGCUUGAACACCAGCGAAUCUGAGUUCGCGGAUAUUUGGCAGAGGUAUCUGAUUAGUAUUGGAGAGCACAAGGAGGGCAGCAGGACGGAGAGGGAGAAGGAUCUCGAAGCUGGUGUCACGAAGGGGUCAUCAGGGACGCAGACGCAUAUAUCUGAGAUAGCCCGAGCUUGA